AUCUCUCAUCCUUCUUUGUUCCAUUUCUUCCUUCCAUUACUUAUUUUUCUCCAGUCAUGGUACUUGCUGGUAAGCUUAUUACUGAAAUUGAGCUCAAAUCCCCAGCUGUCAAGUUCUAUAACCUCUUCGCAAAGCAGCUUCAUGAUGCUCAAAAGAUCUCCGACAGUGUGCAUGAAACCAAGGUUCAUGAAGGCGAUUGGCAUGGCAUUGGCUCCGUUAAACAAUGGACUUAUGUCGUAGAUGGCAAGGUGAUCACAUGCCUGGAGCGAAUUGAAGCCAUUGAUGAACAGAACAAAACAAACAAAUAUACCCUGUUUGGUGGAGAUGUCAGUUCGCACUAUAAGAAGUUUACGCUCAUCUUUCAAGUGAUUGAGAACAAUGAUGGUCAUGAUGCUGUUAAAUGGACUGUUGAAUAUGAGAAGCUCCGUGAGGACAUUGAACCUCCAAAUGGCUACAUGGACUACUUUAAUAAGCUCACUAGAGAUGUUGAUGCUCAUCUUAUCAAGCCAUAGCUCCACUAGUCAUGAGGGAAAAAACAAAUAAUUAAGUAAUAAAUGGCUUUGGUUUGAGGAUAAGUGCUUAUUUAUAUAAUUGGUGUUUGUUUCUGCUGAUCGUUUGUUUGUACGGAAUAAAGAUGCAUCUCGGUGAUGGCUUAAAGAUGUAUUGAAUUAUGUUAAGAGGCUCGCCAUAAUAUUAAUGCAAUGAAGAAAUGGAUAUUUGUGUGUA